UCACAACUAGAACAAGGCUUAACACAUUUACUUGUCUUCAUUAAACUUAGUUACAACAUUAACUCAAUGAGCUUCCCUGUGGUUGCGACAUCGUUUGGAGUGUCCCAAAGCGGCAGCCAAGCGGGAGAGAAGAAAGGUGGCUACGUCCACUAUGAAGUUGAGCCAGGCUUCACCAUUCGUAUGCGUCACGAUAUUGAUCCUACCACAGACCCUAAGAAACUCAAACGGAUAAUUUCAAACCGUGUGGCGGCUCAGAAGUCAAGGUGGAAGAAGGUUCAAUAUCUUGAUGCUCUAGUGAAGAGAUCCAUGGAGCUCCAAGGACAAGUGAGCAUGUUGCGUUCCGAACUAGCGAUAGCGAGUGAGCAUAAGCGACGUCUAGAAAAUGAACAAAGGCAGCUAAAGGAGUAUAUCUCUGCUCGGCUUCAACGUUGUAUCGAAAACGAUGGUGUCAUUAAGGAGGGUAAAGCGGAGAUAGAGAGGCUGAAGAAUAAUCUGGCUACACUCUCCAAUCUUGCUUAGUUGAUUUGAAAAACCCCUACCAUUCAUUUGUUCGAUUCAGCUUAUUCUUGAGUUGUUUUUGUUUCUUUUUAAUUCAUGUGUUUCGGUUUACAGAAUAUUGUUAUUAAAUGCAUAACAAAUGAAUGUGCAUUUGUAUC